UAUUGUUUUCCAAGUGUUUCAUUCGAUCUCGUGUUUCAUGUUUGCCUUUGAAAAUAUGGCCGGAAAAACCGAACCUGUUGAAAUAAUUGAAGUGAAUGAAGUUCUUGAUGAGGUUCUGGAUGAUCCGGAUGAAAUGAUUGAAGAGGACAACGAAGAUCCAGAGCUCGAAGAGCUCGUCGUGAAUAGAUGGGGAUUGAAUGCUUCAAUUUAUUCCAUUUUAAUCGGACACGGCAUUACACUCGGAUAUUUGAAGGACAUGGAUGAAGCUGCUUUUUCAGAGAUUUUCUCGUUAGCCAAAUGGACUGGCCACAAGUAUGCGCUGAAACAAAAACUAAAAAGUUGGCCAGAAAGCUCAUUAUAUGAAUCGAAUGCCACUGUUAACGAAAAGUCCUACCAGAGUUCUGCUCCAGGACCAUCUAAGCAUCCUUUGCUAUCUUCAUCAGUGACGAAGAAUCUACUGGAAGAUAUUUUGGAGAGAAACGAGAAGGGAAAAAUCGUUCGAAAUUACUACAAUAAGCAUCGGCUGUUGGAUACUCAACACAAAAAAUAUCUGGCUCAUACGGUCGUAGACUACUACAUAGCCAAUGAGUGCUAUUUUACAUUGUCGGAUAUGGCUCGGUUUGCAGAUUUCAUCGCCGAAAUAUUUCCUCCGGAAAUAGCUGCGGUCUACUAUAACCCACGAGACGGUACAAUUGGGAAAAAACAUCCGUCUGGGUUGCUUUAUGAUCGCUUCCAUAAUCGAAAUAAAAAAGCAUUGUUAGACAGAAAACGCAUCGGUUCGUCGGAUAUGGACUACUGGAAAUUAUUGGAAGCAAAGGCCGUAGUGCUAUCGGCCGAAGAAAUUGAAAAACAGAAUUGUUUAAAAAAUUGGCUCCGAAAUAAUUAACAACCGAUUGAGAAAGUCGCACAGCUUUGGAAAGAGUCACUACUGCUGCGCAUACGGUGUAUUUCUCAGGAUACACAUGCAAACAAGAGGAAUACACUCAAAGAGUGGCCACGACUUGCGGACGAAAACGGAUAUUUAUUGAUCGACGCGGAUUUUGAUGCGAUUUAUGCAAAAGCUGGCAAUCCAUCAAACAUUUUCAACUCAUGGGACAGAUUUGCUACUCGACUAAUAGAGUACGCUCAACGGGAAGGAUUGAAGGACGAUUAUUCACGGCAGUUGCUUAUCCACCUGGAGGACGAAUCUUUGAGUCAAGAUACUAGAAACUUCAUAAGUUGCACAAUAUUUCAUGCAGUCGUGAAACCGGUGCGCACAUCGGCUCGGAAGCUACCAACGAUAUUGCAAGCACAAACAGAUAUGUGCUAUGCAUGCAAAACAGAGCAAGAGUUUCAGGAAGUAGUGGAAGAGCUACGUGACGAGCUGAAAGAAGAAGAAGUUCAAUUUUUUCCACGCGUUUUUGUGAUUGGAAAGACGGAGAAAAUUGUGGCCUUCUACGUUGUAACGUCGAGUAUGCAAUUCAAGCUUCCUUCGUUUCUUCGUUGUAUCGACUUGGUGGUGAAGCUGAAGUUUGUCCUGAAUUACAACUUCCCGGAAAGUUGUGAGCUAUUCUGGUACUUUGUUGCUAAAUACUUCUACCACAUCGGAUACUCUCGAAAGGCAAAAAAUAGCCAACUGCUGCAGCUGCUCGCAUAUUUGGAACAUUGAGAAUCGAUUACAUGUACUGCCAUCUGUGCCAUAACCUGUGCAACUCUCUUCAUGGUUUCUUCACCAACUUGGCGAUUCUUCAUGGCUCACCGUUUUCAAAUAUACUUGUACAGCAUGCGUGCCCUCAAAACUGCACCAGAAUCUACGUCGACAUGUCGUUUCGAACCACGCCUGUUUAUUUAUAUCCGGUAACUGAUGGCAGCGACGGUCCCGGUAACAACAAUUUUCACUUCAACAAUGAAGAUAUAUUCAUGCGAAUCGAAUGCGAUCAUGACAAUCUCGAAGACGAAAAUGAAGAUACGGAGAAAACUAGAUUCAAAGACAAAUAUUUUAGAUCCAAAAGUUAGGUUAAGGCCAAGGGACAUGUUUUUAAACUUUUCGUUAGAUUUACACAGUAAGCCGAAAUUUACGAGAUAAGACGUUGCAUCUAUGUAUUGUCGAAGAAAUAGUCAAAGUGAUUAAAUCGAUUUGUAACACACUACUUAAUGCCCUGUAGUUGAUAACAAGAUCGGCAAAAAGUUAAGUAAUGAUAUUCAUCAACCAUUCAUAACCAUCGAAUAAAAACUAUAUGCCACAUUGCAUAACAUCCAACUAAAUCAUUUAUUACAAUAUUUUUAUUAUAAAAAAAAAUAAUGAUGUGCUCAUAAAUUCAAAAGGAUGCCUAAUGCCAAUAAAGCAUCAGUUUAAUCUGUUUCUCGACAGUAGAAAUAUUUUUAAUGACACGGUUAAUUACAUUAGAUUGUUAGAAGAGAAAAAAAAACAAACGAAUGUUGUAAACGGUAUUUAACAUGUAAAACAAUCAUAUGAAAAUCGAUGUAUAAUACCUUAUACUCUCACGAAGUGAAGAUGAACAAUGCCAUUAGAACUUAGUCCGGUACCAACAUUCCACAUAUUCAGUUUCAAUUAUUUUGAUGGACCCCAAUUCUAUAGCCAAUUCACAUUUACUAACAACAAUAAUUGUUGCAUUUUUUAAUGAAAUAAAAAGAGCAAU